AUGUACAAAGUAACUGCGGACUCGUCUACUGAUGACUCCAACAGCUUUUAUAACAUAAGCCAAGAUGAAACCAAACCGUUUUACAAGCGAAUUCGAAAAAGAGAUAUCUGUACUGCUUUCUUCUCUUCGCUCUUCACCGUCAUCUUAUUUUCUGCGAUAUUCUUUCCUAUAGUCUUUUGUUCCAUUCUUCCAAAAAUAAGACAACAAUAUAAUAAUGCAACAAACGACACAACUGAUAUGUCGAAAGGAAAGGUUCUCGAAGUGUCAAGUCCAAAAGCCAACUUUUCCGAGCCCGUUGAUAUACCUGAUUAUGUACGGGGAACAUAUCUGGAUGCUAGUACAUGGCUUACAACUGAUGAUUUUAAUACAACCUUCACAAAUGAAACUGUGGGUGGACUUAGCAUAAUGGGCCUGUUCAGCUUCUAUAACGAUUGUACUCGGGCUAACCCUGGCGUCCCGCCCCUUAAUUCGCCUUUCCCUUAUGGUAGUCAACCCGUUAGAGGAGUGAAUCUCGGCGGUUGGCUUUCCAUGGAGCCAUUUAUUACUCCGUCUUUCUUUGAAAAAUAUGGUAAUGGCACUCAUCAACUUACGGAUGAAACCGAACUUCAUCAAUUCCUCGGCCAAGAUGUCAAUAAUGUUAUUGAAACACAUUACAAUACAUUUGUGACAAAAGACACAUUUCGGGAAAUCCGGGAAGCAGGUUUAGAUCACGUACGGAUUCCUUUCCCUUAUUGGAUUCUUUUCUCGUCACCAAACGAAACACACCCCUUCCAAAUUGGUUGGCGCUAUCUCCUACGGGGGAUCGAAUGGGCUCGCGAAAAUGGACUACGCGUAAAUUUGGAUUUACACGCCGUUCCAGGCAAUCAGAAUUCAUGGAAUCACGGAGGAACAUUAGGUGUUCUCAAUUGGCUUGACGGAUCAGAGUUAGGACAGAAGAAUGCCGAUCUUACACUUAAGCUUCAUGAGAUGCUUGCGACAUUCUUCGCACAAGAACGCUACAAGAAUAUUGUUACCAUUUAUGGAAUUGUUAAUGAGCCGAAUAUGUUCGUUCUUGAAAACAAGAAGGUUAUUGAUUGGCACAAAGAAGCUUAUAAAACUAUAACAGCUCAAGGCUAUUCUGGCUAUAUUGUCGCUAGUGAUGGUUUUACGGGCGUCGGUAGUAUUGAGAAGAAUUACGCGCCAAUUCGGUAUCCAAAUAUGGUUAUUGACAUUCAUCGCUAUACUAUAUUCGAUUCUUUCAUGCUUCGUUUGUCUCACAUCGAUACACUGCAUGCUGUGUGCGAUGUCUGGGAUAAGGAGUUUGAAGACAAUGCUUUCUUGCCCAGUUUUGUCGGUGAAUGGAGUCUUGCAGAUACGGAUUGCGCAAAAUUUUUGAACGAUGUUGGUGAAGGAACUCGUUGGGAAGGCAACUUUUCUGCUGCAGUAUACCCGAAUGGGGGUUGUGCAGUUGAAGGUGCUUGUAGCUGUGACAUUCCGAAUGCUGAUCCGUUAAACUACCCGCCUUCUUACAAGACGUAUUUGAACAUGUACGCUCUUUCGCAAAUGGAGGUAUUUGAGAAGACCUGGGGUUGGUUUUUCUGGAACUGGGACACUGAAACAUCAGCUCAAUGGAGCUAUAAGAAAUCCAGAAACGCAGGAAUUCUUCCUAAGCUUGCUUAUGAGAAGAGCGCCGAUUGGAAUUGCAGCAUCCUACAAUCUUCACCCCUAUUCAAAAUUGAGAAUUUGGAGGAAUACUACUAA